UACAGUCUAUGAUGAAGAACAGCUGUCAUAGAAAUUUACUACGGUUGUGGUUUCGUACUAAUUUUGUUGCAGUGAAUAAAGUUUGAAUUAGCCAAUUUGAAAUCAAAUUAUUUUUGGAUAAUUUAAUUUGAAGAAUCAUUAUAAAAAUGGCUAGCUUUCAUCUUAUGCGAAGCAUCAGACAUCUGCCUGCAGCAUUUGUUAAACAAGGCCAGUUGUCCUUUGCUAGAAGUUGCAUACCUGCUGAACUUUUUAGACCAGCUUUAAUUCUCAGCGAUGCCAAAUAUAACACAAUGACAUCUUCUGUAAAAGAUGGUUUUAAAAGGAAUUUACCACAGAUUUCAUCAAUGCCGAUGAUUGCAAAUCAGUCGCGAUUAGCAAGUACUGUUGGAGAUCACGUCCGUCUGUGGCAGCUGGAAAGAACAAUUGCAGCAUCCUUUAUUGGAUUACUCCCUGCUUGUAUCAUUUUGGAGAAUGCUAUAGUUGAUGGUCUAUUUGGUAUACUUCUUGUUAUGCAUAGUCAUUGGGGAUUGGAAGCACUGAUUCUCGACUACGCUAGACCUGCAGUUGUUGGAACUCUUCUGCCAAAAGUCUUAAACUUCCUUCUAAAUCUAAUCUCUGCUGCAACACUCGCAGGACUUCUUGUUCUUGUCUACAAUGGACCUGGCAUUGGAAAGUCGAUUAAAAGUGCAUGGGCAAUUGGUAAAGAGGAAAAGUGAAAACAGAAAUCUACAUAGCUAUACCCAUCGGUCUAUACCAAGACAUUGUAUUAGAAAACUAAUUAUCAUAUGUAUAUUAUAAAGGAAUAAAUUAUUAAUUGUUUUAGCUAUAUUAA